AAAAAGGUUUCCAAUCAACACACAUACAAUACAAGAAUACAAAGAAAGACCAUAAAAAAUCUUAGAGGUCUUCUUCCUCUCGCACAGUCACCGCUCACACCUCACAGCCUGUAGACUUGGUCUCCUCUCUCUCUCUCUCUCUCUCUUACAUUCUCUUGAAAAAGGGUUUCUGAAAUUCCCAACCUUCGAAUUCAAUUCUUCUCCCUCUCCAUGUUCUUCGUUCGUUUCUCCGUUGAGUCGUAGACCCUGUUCUCUCUCGGGUGCACAAUAAGCAGGCAAAUCAAUACAUUGUAAUCCAAGGAUUUUGGUAUUACAAUUCAUUAGAAAGAAGAUAUGUCAAAUGUUGGAUACACACACUGGUGCUACCAAUGCCGUCAGCGCUUAAGGCUUGAGGGAGAAAGUGCUUGCCCUCACUGUGGUGAAGGCUUUGUUCUAGAACUCAGUGAGAUAUCAGAAGAUGUCCUAUCCAAUUCAGAAGAUGAUUCUACUCAUCCAAUACCCGAUCUAUUUGAACUCAUGUACACAUUGAUGAGGCAGAGGAGUCCUGACCCAAGAUGGGAACUUAUGGAUGUUGUUAAUGGCUUUUUGACCCAGAGUAGAAUGGCCGGAGGAAACACUAGUAUCGAUGUUAGGGGGAGAAAUGGUUUGCUUCCUGAACAGGGUUGGAACGCUUUUGGUUCUGGUCAAUAUGUUGUAUUGAAUCGCAUUCCCAGUCCAUCCUCUAAUGGCAGUCCAGGAAGUGGACCUGGGCGAGCUGAUUUUGAUGACUACUUUAUGGGCCCUGGAUUUGAAGCAUUCAUUGAACAUCUUUCUAUGAAUGAUCGACGGGGUCCACCUCCAGCAUCUCGUUCUUCAAUUGAUGCGAUGCCCACUAUUAGGAUUACACAAGCACAUAUGCACACUGACUCACACUGUCCUGUCUGUAAGGAAAAAUUUGAGUUGGGCUCUGAAGCAAGGCAGAUGCCAUGUAACCAUAUUUAUCACACUGAUUGUAUUGUUCCUUGGUUGGUUCAGCACAACUCAUGCCCUGUUUGCCGCCUUGAGCUGCCUCCUCAAGGGAAUGAUAGUACUCGUGGUAGUCGGAGUAGGGGCACAGGGAACAAUGUCAGCAGCAGCAGCAGCAGCAGCAGUAGCAGUGACUAUGGUGGCUCUGGUAGUCGGCAGAAUCAGGGAAGGAGGAAUGCAUGGGCAAAUUUUUGGCCGUUCCACUAAUCAAAGUCAAAUGCUCAUAUGAUGCUGAAGUAGAGGAAGCACGCCUCAGCCACUCAUCAACAGAAUAAUGAGAAGAGUUAUCCUGAUUGGCCUUCUGAUUGGUUGGCUUUCCUUGUCAAGUGUGCUUGGUUACCAAUUAAAGGUAGUGAAAUGAAGUGGGUGAAGCAGAACUGGUUUUGGAGAGUGGUUUAUUUCAAACUUUAAUGUAUGGUUGAAAGGUAGCUGGAGGUCAAUAGGAGUUUGAUUAAUUCACACUUCUGUAUAUGAUACUGUGCUAGGUGGAGUGGAACUGGUUUUAAUAGUUUAAUAUAUUAUUGUAAAGAAAUUACAAAUUCAGUAGUACUUUUUUGCAUCUUAUUUAUGCCAAGUGAGUUAGUGCUUCUCAGCUUCUCCUUUAAAGAA